CAAGACGUGCUGACGUAAGGGAAAAAUUCGGCGCGCGAAACCUAGAACAGGAAGUAAGAGGAGCUGAGGCAAAACGGCGGCCAGUUUGGGAUUUGAAUCUUCAAGUUAACAUCAAAAUCUGCAAACAUCUUCAAUACAAUGGCUGACCCAAAGGACCAAGAAGAGCAUGAAACCACUACAGAAACGGUGGAAGACUCCAAUCACGACCCUCAGUUUGAGCCAAUAGUGAACCUUCCUGAACAGGAAGUGAAAACGUUAGAAGAAGAUGAAGAAGAACUUUUCAAAAUGCGAGCUAAACUUUACCGGUUUGCAUCGGAAAUCGACCCACCCGAGUGGAAGGAGAGAGGCACCGGUGAUGUCAAGCUGCUCAGGCACAAAGACAAAGGCACAAUCCGCCUCCUGAUGAGAAGAGAUCGUACUUUGAAGCUAUGUGCCAAUCAUCAGAUUUUACCGAUGAUGGAACUGAAGCCCAACGCUGGCAGCGACAGAGCCUGGGUGUGGAACACACUAGCAGAUUAUGCAGAUGAAGAACCCAAACCUGAACUUCUGGCCAUACGCUUUUUAAAUGCAGAAAAUGCUCAGAAGUUCAAAGUGAAGUUUGAUGAAUGCAAAGAUGUGGUCAAAAGCAAAGUUGAGGAUUCAGAGGACGGUGAUAGUGCAAUCAAAGUGGCAGAGAAACUGGACAAGCUCUCGGUAAAAGACAAGAAAGAAGGUGAUAAGGAGACUGAAAAGAAAGAGACGAAGGAGGGAGAGGUUGAUGUAGCCUGCUUGUUAGCAGCACGAGGUCAGGGACCAGGUGUCAUGGAAGAGCAUAUUCUGUUACAUCCCAUGAUACAAUUCAACGCGCCUUCUUGCCCUUCUCAUGCUUCCGCUGUUCAAGACAUCAAGUAAAUCGGUGACUUGUGAGUUGAGAGGUGCCUAGAAGUAGUGCUUUUCAGGGCCAUUGUGUCAUCACAUCUGUGUGAGGGCCAAUAAGAGGAUUCCACCGCAGUUUAGUACCAUCAGAUGCACGUAGUUUAUUUUUUAAAAUUUUGUUUAAACAUCUGAAAGUCAUUAAGUCCACAUUUCAUCACUUUGCUAUUGUGCCACUCCAAAUGUUAAACUCGCAAGUUCCUCAGCAGGAAUUUUCUAGGAAACAUUCCCUAGCUAUAAAAAAAAAAAACAUGCUCCCAACCAUCCUGCUCACUUUCAUUUCUUCUAACACAAACCAUUUCUGAACCUCGAAAAAUGCAUCCAAGUGCCAGUGCAUCUGUAAAUACUUGUACAUGGAUGAAAUGUUGCUUCUCAUUUGCACUCAAAAUGAUUGGAGCUUUGAAUAAAACACUGUCAACCACC